AUGAUUUCGCUAUCUGUAAUUCCUCCUGGAGAAGAAGUUCCCUCAAGGAUGCCCAACAGGAUUCAUCCGGAUCGGUUGAACUUCCUGCACACCUUAAUGCAACAAAGUGACAGUGUAUCGAUCCAGAUUGGCGAUUCGUGGGAACCGGAAGAUCCGAAACAUACGGGUCCAGCAUGGGCGGACUUCGAGUCUUCGGCUCCUGAACUACCACCUAGUGAGAGCGGUUUCUUCAGCAAUAAAGACAGCAACAAUGCAAAUGAUCUAUCUACUCAGGAUAGCUAUGAUCCAUUCAUCAUCCCAACCCAGUUCAAACCGGAAAAGGAUCCGUUUGCACCUCCUGAUAAGGACCUUAUAGAUGAGGACUACGAUCCGUUUGCUGUACGGCCGGUGGAGGACAUUGUAGCCGAUGCUAAAGCCAAGGCUGAAGAGGCUCGUUUGAAAAAGGAGGCUAACGACGAUGUGGAUUUCUUCGGAGGAACACGGCAAAGUCCAGAACUGUCAACGCCGACUCCGGAAGGGGGUAGCGCCGUCACUAGUCCAUCUCAUCGUCCAGAUGCGUUUGAAGACGAUUUCAAAUGCGAGGUUCGAAAUGAAGAUGGUUGGAAUUUGGCAGUUAUUUACGAGGAACGAUUUCAGGGUAUGGACAUGGAGACUCCAACCCCGCUUUAUGACGAAGACGAUUCGGAACCGCUCACCGAAUUCGCACCGAAGUUUGCGGGUGAUGGUUGGGAGCUGAUGGUUAGACAUCCUUUGAAAAAGAAAACGUUCAUGGCCGAUCGUUUCUGGAAACCGUGCUAUGUUCGGCUGAAUGGUAACAAUCUCCUCGUCUACAAUUCCAAAACCGACCCAAAACCGAUACAGGAACUCCUACUUCAAGCCAGCUAUUCACUUUCGGAUAUCACCUUACAAGCAUACGAUGUCUACGGGAAGAUUCACACAGUUAAAUUACAAUAUGUUUUGUAUAAGGAAAAAGUUGGCAUUCGACCAGGGCAGAUUUCUCGUCUCGUUGAUGGUCACAUCACCAAGUAUGGGUUACCCUUGGAGCAUACCGCUCAAUGUACGGUCCUGCUGAAGUUCGGUUCGCUACUUUAUGGUGAACUUCAAUCUUUUGUGUCCACCAUCGAGGAUAUCCUGUUCAAAUGCCCGGCUAGGCGAGAUACCAAGCCCGUGUACAAGCAGGAUGAAGUGCAGAUUCACUGCUACGACGAGUAUUCCGCCUAUGUCGAUAAGGAAGGCAUACUGUCGGAUCAACGGGCCAGAGUACGACUUUUCUGCCUGGCUUUUGUCACUGGCUCUCCAUUUUUGGAAAUCGGACUGAACGAUAGGAGAAGGCAAGGAAAGGAAAUUGUAAGACGAAAAGACAUUCUGCCGAUGUAUACGGAGCGAUGGAUUCGAUUCGAGGAUGUUGAGUUCCACUCAACCGUCGACAAAGCAGCCUUCGAAUUACGAGCAAGUGCAUCGACUGAAGAUCACGGAUGCGGGUGCUUCUUUGAGGUUAUGCGGUUUCGUAUUCGCCCACCGAGGAAUCGAGAAAAAGCUAUAACCAUCAAAGCAGUCAUGAAGAUUGCCGGAUCGAAGGUGGAGAUACGUAUUGAAGCGAUGGCAGCCGCGCAGAUUGAGAAAACUCGAGGAGGGAAAAGUACCCGGAGACAAAUCCCAUGUGAAGAUAUUUCGAUUCGAUUUCCCAUUCCAGAGGCGUGGAUUUACAUAUUCAGGUAA